AUGCCCCUCCCCUCCGUCUCGCAGCUCCAGGAGGACUGGAAGCAGAUGUACCAACGGACUCUCCCCUCGGCCGCCAAGGCCAAAGCCCCUUCGCAGCCCAAGUGGCCCGUCCAGCUGGACCACUGUUUCGCGCGCAUCAUCCUCGAUCACGUCGUCGGCGGAGUCGGUACGCCGUGGACGGCGAAGAUCAAGAGCCCGGCAUACAAGAACAUGUCGCGCGAGCAGCUGGUGCGCAGCAUUGAUCUGGGACGGCAGAUCUUGGAGGGGGAGGCUGACUUGGCGGCGCUGGAUGGGGAGAGUUUGAGGGCGAGGGGGAAGAAGCAGAAGGCGGGGAGGAGAGGGGACGUACUGGCGGGUGCGGGGGUCAAGAUCACAGAUGGCAGUACUGCUGGGAAGAGGAAGCUGGGGGAUCUGGGCGAGAGCAUGAGCUGUAGCUCUGACAACGAUGCGAAGAGGAUAAAGGUUUUGGGGACAGCAGCACGUUCCAGUGCAGAAUUGAAAGAUGCGCAUGAGACGGUGCUCCACACGGCCACGCUCACGGACAUGGAUACCGAGAAGAGAGAGGACCUCGUGCCGUACCUAGAGAAAAUCGCCCUCUCCCAGAAGACAGAAUUCCAAAAGAGGGUGCUCACGACACUAUGCCAGGUCCCGCGCGGAAGCUACACCACCUACGGCGCAAUGGCCAAACACCUGUCUUCUUCCGCGCGAGCGGUGGGUAACGCGCUCCGCAACAACCCCUUCGCACCUGCAGUACCCUGUCACAGAGUCCUGGCGAGCGGUGGUGGUCUAGGCGGGUUCCAUGGGAGUUGGGGUCGGCAGGGCGCUGAGGGAUUGCACGACGACAAGAAGAGGAAGCUGCUGAGGGACGAGGGGGUGAGGUUCGAUGGCACGGGGAAGGUUGUUGGUGCCCCUUGGCAAGGGUUCAACUCAGCCAGCAGUUAG